UGGUAGAGGGAGGUACAGCUGGAGCGAGGAGGGAGUGAGAAGGCAGUAGGGGAGAGUAGAGCUGGAGGGAAUGACGAGGAGGCAGUAGAGAGAGGGUAGAGGUGGAGGAAGUGAGGAGGAGGCAGUUGAGGGAGGAUAGAGCUGGAGGGAGUGAGGAGGAAGCGUUUGAGGGACACCCCACCAGAUGGAGAUGUGUGGGCAGCCUGUCCCCAACCGCUCACAGGAGGUGAACGGCACGGCGGCGGCUAGUGGUCCGCUGACCUUGGCACCUUACAGCACGGCAGCUGCGGCCGCAGUCAGCCUGGCAGUGGUGGCGGUCAUCGUGCUGACCAUGGUGGGCAAUGCGCUGGUGGUGGUGGCAGUGCUGACCAGCCGGGCGCUCCGGCCUCCGCAGAACCUGUUCCUUGUGUCGCUGGCAUCGGCAGACAUCCUGGUGGCUGCUCUGGUCAUCCCUUUCUCGCUGGCCAAUGAGCUGAUGGGCUACUGGCACUUCGGCAGUGUCUGGUGUGGUAUCUACCUGGCACUGGACGUGCUCUUCUGCACCUCUUCCAUUGUCCACCUCUGCGCCAUCAGCUUGGACCGCUACUGGGCCGUGACUAGGGCUGUUGAGUACAACUUGAAGCGGACCCCACGCCGUAUCAAGGCCAUGAUCGCGGUGGUAUGGCUCAUCUCGGCAGUCAUCUCCUUCCCGCCCUUGAUCAGCGUUGACCAUGCCAGGCAAGGCUGCUGCCAACUCAAUGAUGAGACCUGGUACAUCCUAUCAUCCUGUGCCGUCUCUUUCUUCGCCCCCUGUCUCAUCAUGAUGUUGGUCUACUUCCGCAUCUACCAGGUGGCCAAGCAGAGGACCUCGGUGGUUUCUGUGGCCGGAAACGGGCAGCCAGUUGCCCUGGCUCCUCCUCUUCCCUUGGAGACUGCCUUCUCCCGGCGCCGCCAGCGGCACCGUGCCAACCAGGCAGGAAUCCCAGGUAACAGCCCACCGAGCUCCCUGAGCAACCAACACCAGGAGGACGAUGAGGAGGAAGAGUUGGAAGAUAUUGACUUGGAGGAGAGUUGCUCUUCAGAGGCUCAGAGCCAGGCAGUGGAGCUCAGGAGGAGCCAGGAGGUCUCCCUUCCCCUUCCCUUGGCCCUUCCUCCUCCGUCGUCCUCGACCUUGCCUCCACUCCAUGGCACAGGUUGCAGCCGCCUGUCCUGGGCCAGCCACAGGGCCUCGCAGCUCUUCCUGGAGCAGAGGAGGAAGAGGAGGGGGACUAAGCCCAAGUCCAAGCUCAGCAAGAGCCGGGUCGCCCAGCUGCGAGAGAAGCGCUUCACCUUUGUGCUGGCCGUGGUCAUCGGUGUCUUCGUGCUUUGCUGGUUCCCGUUCUUCUUCACCUACAGCCUGAGGGCGGUGUGUAGGCAGAGCUGCACCAUCCCCGAGCCUCUCUUCAACUUCUUCUUCUGGAUCGGUUACUGCAACAGCUCUCUCAACCCCAUCAUCUACACCAUCUUUAACCGGGACUUUCGAAAGGCCUUCAAAAAGAUCAUCUUCAGAACUCACAAACGUACUUUGUAACAAGGCCCCAGUGUACUGGAUGCCUCAUCCGGAGUGUCUAUUAAUCGUGGUGUGUUUUCUAUCCGUCUGUAAACAGUUAAUGAAUUAGCUGACGGUGACAGAACAAAAAUAUACUUCAGUCGGAUUUCUCUUCUCUGCAAAGGCAGUCAGCUGAACAAGUUGUGUUUUUUUGAAAAGACGGUUUUGUAUGACAGCCCGGUGGAAACUCACAGGGGCAGUACAUUUCAGCUGGAUUUAACCCACUGUUUGGUUGUUGUGAAUGAGAGCCACUCUUCUGCAUUGCUUCUGAAGUGCUGGUUACAGGCUGGUGAAGGAUUGUACCAUGUUUCACAUGUAUGAAGAGCAAACAAGUUGAGGUCCUGUGUAAUACUGAACGUGGCUGACAACCAUGCUAAUUAAUAGUACCUUUCAACAUUGGUUCAUCAACAUACUGUCUAUGGUAUCUUUUAGUAGAUAAUUCAGAUUAGUAGCAGUUAAUGUCAACAUUAAUUUGUGAUGAAGUGGAUUUGCAGAUGUUUGCGGGUCUGUCAUACAGAUCCAACAACCUAUUUAACCUCAGGGGUUUGAAUCUGUAUCAGCCAUUUGAUUCCAUGCUUGUGUCAGGAAAAGUACAUGAACUAGAGUGAGUUUCCGCAGGACAGUUAAAGAAAAAUAUAAUAAAUAAUUUCACUGUGAGGCCAUCAAAGUUGAAAAUCUAAUUAUGCUGUAUUAUAUUAUGCAAAUGCUGAGUAUAUUCCCUUGGAACAAGGUUUGUUUCUUUAAAUGCAAUUAGGAUAAUUUAUACAAAUAUACACCGCUCUCAUACAGUACGACUGCACUGCAUAAUUUCUAGCCUCCAGAUCAUAAAUUCACAUCUUACUUUACUUACAGAUCAGUUGACUGUUUCUUUCCUGAGCAUUCAUCAUUUUCAAUCUAUGACUUAAAUUAUAUUUUCUUGCUGAAGAACAGCUCGUCACCAGCCAUUAACCCAUAAAAGUAAUGUGAAAAUAGAAUCAUAGAAUCCCUGCAGUUUGGAAGUAGGCUGUUUGGCCCAUUGAGUCCACACUGACCCUUCGAAGAGCAUCCCACCUUACCCUAUUCUUGUAACCCUAUGAUUCCCAUGGCUAACCCACCUAGCCUGCACAUCUCUUGAUACUAUGAGCAAAGCAGCUUUCCAUGGGUUAUAAAAGUGAAUAUGUCCUAAUGUUAUCCAGUUAAAAUGCACACAGUGUUGGCAUUCAGAAGUGUCUUGGAUUGCAGGCUUUUUCAAAAUGUUCCCAUAGUGAAAUCAUUUGCUUGACUCUAACAGACAUGAGCAGCAAUGGUCACUUAUUAUAUCUCUUCCAGCACCUGUUCUCCAUCAGCUUAAAUGGUCUGCAACUGUAAUGAGAAAAAAAAACUUUUGUUGAUCAAGGCCAGUCAUAUUUCUGGUGUGCAGUAUGCUUGAACUGUGUAAGCACAUUCAACCUUCAAAAGUGUUGUGUUUCUCAUGUUACCGGAAUGCUGCCUGACCAUAUAAAGCAACUGCCAUUUUGCAAUCCCCUUCACCUAUCCAUCAGCACAAUUCUUUUGAAAUAGAUACAAUACCUUGCACAAGGCUGGCAUGGAAUUGAUUUGGAUGAGCAAAUUAUUGUUCAGUUUCAUGUAUACAUAAGGCAUUGAAAGUGGAUGGUAAGUCAGAUGGAUUUAGCAGUUAAUAAAGUGUAUCCAUCAAACUAGAUCUUAUUAACAGGGUCAUAGAGUACCAGAGUAAGGAGAUUAUGUUGUAUUCAGCCUCAUGUGAAGCAUUGCAGUUGGAUCUGGUAGCUUUAUCAUAGGAAGAUGUUGAAGGCAUUAGACAGAGAAUAUUUAUAAGAAUGGUUGCACAAAUGAACAACUUCUGUUACAUAAAUGGAUUGGUGAAGUUGAGACUGUUUUUCUCUGGAGGAGAGAAGAUUGUGCUGCGAUUUCAAGGUGUUUAAAACCAUGAGGGAUCUAUAGAGAGCAGGUAUGGAUAAUGUGUUCCAAUUGGUGGAUCACAAUUGAGAAGGCGCAGAAUGUAGAUCAUUGACAGAGGUAGAAAUGGCAGCCAAAGGACUCUACUGUAUAGUGAGUGUUGAAGAUAUGGAAUGUUCUCCCAGAGAAUGUGCCGGAAGCAGGCUCAGUUGAGGCAUUGAAGAGGAGAUUUGAUUAUUAUCUGCAAAAGAACAAUGUGCAGGGUCAUGUGGAGAGGGCAAGAGAGUGGCAUCAGGUACACUGCUCAUUUGGAACCUGACGGGCAAGAUGGUCUCCUCCUGUUUAUGUAAUAAUUUGGUGAUGGUGUGAGAACUAUGCACUGGAACAUCCAGUGAUGGUGUGAGAACUAUGCACUGGAACAUCCAGUGAUGAUUAGAGCCAUAUGCACUGGAACAUCCAGUGAUGGUGUGUGAACAAUGCACUGGAACAUCCAGUGAUGAUUAGAGGCAUAUGCACUGGAACAUCCAGUGAUGGUGUGUGAACAAUGCACUGGAACAUCCAGUGAUGAUUAGAGGCAUAUGCACUGGAACAUCCAGUGAUGGUGUGAGAACUAUGCACUGGAACAUCCAGUGAUGGUGUGAGAACUAUGCACUAGAACAUCCAGUGAUGAUUAGAGGCAUAUGCACUGGAACAUCCAGUGAUGGUGUGAGAACUAUGCGCUGGAACAUCCAGCGAUGAUUUUGUCAGUGAUUAGACAGUGAAACUUCCUGUUAUGGGAAAUGGUGUAGGUAAAUAGUGUCAAUGUAUUGAAAGGGAAGCUAGCUAAGUACAAUAUGGAAAGGAAUAGAAGGAUAUGCUGAUGGGGUUAAAUGGGAGGAGGCUCAUGUAUAAACACCAGAGUAGACCUGUUUGACCAAAGGGCAUAUUGCUGUGCUGUAAAAUAUAAUGUAAAUGUACAUACAUAAAUAUCCAACAGAAUUUAAAACCACUCCUAGAAUUUCUCUGAGGAGCUCAUCAACAAUAUGCCAAAACUCCUGUUAAUCCUGCAGAAAUAAAACACUUUUCUCUUCGCCAUCAACUUCAAAGAGGAUUAACUUCAAAGUGUGGGCAAGGAUUUUUUGCCCAUGUGCUGACUGUGUACAUUUGCUGCACAAAUGUCACAUUGUCACAGAAUGGUAGUGGAUAGGGAGAUCAGUGUGGUGUUGGAGCAUGGGGAAAUGUGAAAUGAGGUACGGUAGUUGGGACAAGGGGUUAGAAGGUGAAUGUGCUGUGGCAAUGGGGUGUGAGGGAGAACAAGAAAGGAAGUGAUAAUUGGUAGUGUUGAGAGUCAGCAAAUGUUUGGCCAUGUGACUCACCAAAGGGAGAAAAGAUAUGAUUAAGUAUAAGAAAACCAAUGGUCUAAUUUCACUUCAUUUGUUUGUUGUUUUCUUUGAGAACAUUAGUGAAAUUAUUUAGUGAAAUCUGCGCAGUGGUGAAGGUUUUCAUAUAACGAUAUUCUGCACAAAUUAUUGUUAAUAUGUCAUGCUAUCUACAAAUGUGUUUUAGCUCCAAAUGUCACUGACAUCAAGCAGCAAUUUGACAGCGAAAAACAUUAUCUACACAAAGACCUGACUGCUCAGUCUCAAAUCCCUAAAUUUACCAUUUUUGAAUAUUUGAAUUACCAGAGUCAAGAAAAAAAAGAGGGUCAAAAAUAUUAACUUUGGAUUAAGUUACAGUAAAAUACUGAGCAUUUUUGCGUCAAAACCAAUGUAAUGAAGUGAAAUCAGGAACUAAUAUAGAGUACAAAAAAUAGAAACUGCUUGAGAGUCUCUAGCAACAUCUGGCAGCGUCUUUGGAGAGAAAGCAAAGUUAACAAGUUCUAAAGAGAGGUCACCGGAUCCGAAGUGUUAACUCUACUUUCUGUCUGCAGAUACCGUCAGACCUGUCGAGUUUCUCCAGCAUUUUCUGUUUUUUCCUUCAGAUUUCCAGCAUCCACUGUUCUUUGUUUUGUAUUAGAGUAGAAUAUCCUCUGGAAAUUAAUGAAGUAAAACCAUCGGUGAUAACUCACUACUUAUUUGUUAUGAAUAAUUUAUAUAAACUGUAUUUUUGUGUUUAAGUGUAUGUCUAAUAUUGCUAAUGUGGGAGUGGAUAUAAUUUUGAUUCAUCAUUGAAACGGAAGAGAUCAAAGAACCACGAAAUGAGAUUUAAUUUGUUUUGGACAGUUGACCAGUUUUGGAAUUUUUGAAGCAGUCUGACGUUGCAGUGAAAAUACAAUUACAACAGUACAUUUAAAGUGGGCUUAUGAAUCAACAGUGAAGGAAUAAUCGUUGACAGUGUAAUGGAGUUGAACAUUCUCUAAAAGGAAAUCAUUGUGGAAACAUCAUCUAAUUCUCACUGCACAGGAUUGAAAUGUGUAACGACUUCCAUUUCCCAGUCGCCUCUCCCCUCCUAUUGAAAAGGAUUAAGUUUUCUGCCAGUUAUCAUAGAAUAGGUGAAUUACCUCAGUACACAGUUAGCCAACAUUUUAUAAAAGUUAUGAGCACAUUUUUAGUGUAUCUAUUCAUAUCUGUCUAAUUAUUUAUCAUUUUGUCCGUCAAUGUGUCCAUCUGCAUUUGCCUCACUGUCUUUUGCUUUCUCAUUUCUUACCUCUUUGUCUGUCGAUCAAUGCAUAUAGAUCUGUGUCUCUCAAAUUUUCAAGUCUCUAUUUAUCUGGAUGUCAGUUCAUUUCAUCUAUCAGUAGCCUUGCUAUCUGUAUGUUUAAUGGUAGAUCUGAUUUCAGCAUAUUUCAGAAGUGAACAAGUAACGAGAAUCAAAAUUCUGACCCCAGUACAAAACUCUUUCUAAUUUUAAAACCUUGGUACCUGGUGCAUUCAAUCACACGAGAGAAACUUGAAAAUAUAACUAUUAGUUUCCACAAUAUAUUUGUACAAAUUAAUGAUUCAGUGUUAAACGUGGUGAGCCUAAAUCAUGACCCACAUCUUUCUUAGCAAGUUUGCAUUAGC